AUGUAUGAAUGUCCGGACCUAAUACAUACUCAACCGUGUCCACCUGGUAGUUAUGCUAAUUUCACUGGCCAAGCACAAUGUUGUCAAUGCCCGAAUGGAUGGUACGCUUGUUAUAGCGGCUCAAGUAGUUGUACUCUAUGUCCUGCCGGCUACCAGUGUUCAGACCUAAUACAUGCUCAAGUCUGUCCACCCGGCACCUAUUCAUCAUCCGGACAAGUACAGUGUCUUCGAUGUCCGAAUAGUUCUUACGCUUAUUAUAGCGGCUCAAGUAGUUGUACUCUAUGUCCUGCCGGCUAUCAAUGUUCAGACUUGAUACACACUCAAGCUUGUUCACCGGGUACCUAUGCACCGUCUGGUCAAGUGCAGUGUUUUCUAUGUUCGAUCAACUGUUAUGCUUACUAUAGCGGAACAAGUAGUUGCACACCAUGUCCCACGGGUUAUGGAACACUGAGUGUAGGACAAACUGCCUGUAUUAAGAUUACAGGCUGA